AUGUAUCAACAUUACAUUGCUCAGAAUGAGCUGAAAAAAAAUUAUAUAAACAAAGAUACUUUAGAAGAAGUAAUUGAUUUAAAUAAUUUUGAAGAUUUUAUCAUUCAGAUUGUCAACUUAUAUAAAUUACAAUCAGAAAGUAAUCUAGAAAAUAUACUGCCAUUUUAUUUUGAAUAUAACAUUGAUAUCUCAAUUUUUAAUAAAUUUGCAAAGGAGGUAGUAACCGAAUUGAUAGAGUGUAUUGAAAAUGUCGAUGAAUUUAAAUAG